GCGGGCCAAUGGCGGCGCGGCGCGUGCGGCGCGGCCGCGGCGAUGAUCGAGCAGCAGAAGCGGAAGGCGGCGGGUCCCGCUCCGGGCCCUGCUCCCGGCCCUGGGGCUGACCUCCCGCUCGUGCCCGCGGCCGCCAAGAGGCCCCGCCAUGAGCUACCCGGGGCACCGGGGGCAGGGGGACAGCCCCCCCCAGGGGCCCUGCUGCAGGCGGGUCCGCCACGCUGCUCCUCACUGCAAGCCCCCAUCAUGCUGCUCUCAGGGCAUGAAGGAGAGGUGUACUGCUGCAAGUUCCACCCCAACGGCAACACCCUCGCCUCUGCUGGCUUCGACAGGCUCAUCCUGCUGUGGAACGUCUAUGGGGACUGCGAUAACUACGCCACCCUGAAGGGACACAGCGGGGCCAUUAUGGAGCUGCACUAUAACACAGAUGGCAGCAUGCUCUUCUCAGCAUCCACAGACAAAACUGUGGCUGUGUGGGACAGUGAGACUGGAGAGAGAGUGAAGAGACUGAAGGGCCAUACCUCCUUCGUUAACUCCUGUUACCCAGCAAGGCGAGGACCCCAGCUGGUCUGCACGGGCAGUGACGAUGGGACAGUGAAGCUGUGGGAUAUCAGGAAAAAAGCCGCAGUCCAGACAUUUCAGAACACGUACCAAGUCUUGGCCGUAACUUUCAAUGACACCAGUGAUCAGAUCAUAUCUGGAGGCAUUGACAACGAUAUUAAGGUGUGGGACCUUCGCCAGAACAAGCUCACGUACACGAUGAGAGGACACGCGGACUCGGUGACGGGCCUCAGUCUGAGCUCGGAAGGCUCCUACCUGCUCUCUAACGCAAUGGACAACACAGUUCGCAUCUGGGACGUGCGGCCGUUUGCCCCUAAAGAAAGAUGUGUAAAGAUUUUCCAGGGAAACGUACAUAAUUUUGAAAAGAAUCUUCUGAGGUGCUCUUGGUCCCCAGAUGGGAGUAAAAUAGCAGGGGGAUCGGCCGACAGAUUUGUCUACGUGUGGGAUACCACAUCCAGGAGGAUUUUGUACAAGCUGCCAGGCCACGCCGGGUCGGUGAAUGAACUGGCUUUCCAUCCAGAGGAACCCAUCAUACUCUCUGCAUCCAGCGACAAAAGACUGUACAUGGGGGAGAUCCAGUGAAGCCGACAAGGAGCUGAAGGGAUUCCUGCCCUCGCAAUCCUUGGUUUACAGAAGUCGGGUGGACUUUCUUCUCAACGGUGCCAGCCCUCCUCACACUCGUGGCAGUGGGAAAACACUGGAGCAGCCCGAUGAGCCCAGCUGCCCUCUCACGGGCUGUGGGCAUCUCCCUGUACAGCGUUUUUUCCAUCCCCUUUUCAAUUUGGAAUUGAAAAAAUUUUCAUUUUGGCUGUUAAACCUUUACCCAGACCAUCUGAAAUCGGGAAAAUCUGUUUAAAUUCCCUAUGUUGCUUUGUAUAUUCCCUGUCAAAUUUCUCGUUGUUUUUUUUUAUAUGGUCAAACCUGAAAUAGGUAGCUUUGUACAAGAGCUGUGUGGAUGGGAUUUAUUGUUCUGGUUCCCUUUUCCAUUGUGCGAUGCUAAGUCACGGCCCUCACUCAUAUAUAACCAGGGAAAACCACAGGCGUGAACUUCAGAAGAGCAGCUUUAUUUUUUAUUCAUGGCAAUAAAAAUGACCACACUUGAAAUAA